AAGGAGCUGAGGCCGCAAUCAAGCAAUCCUUGACCCCAAUUGCAAUGCUGGAGCGGGAGGCUCUGUUUGAGUUCAGCUUCCCUCCGACCUGGGUGAAAGAGGGGGAGAAUCUGACCCUGCAGUGUGCCUUCUCCUCGGCCCUGCUGCCCUUCCAACAGGACGUGGCCUGGUUCAGAGAUGGAGUCCAACUGUGCCAGUCCAGCAGGGUGGAGCUUCAGACCGCCCUUCGCUCCGCCUCCCUCACCCUGAAGGGCGUGCACAAGGAGCAGGAGGGCAUGUACAUGGUGCGUCUGCGUACCUGGGAGGGGGUCAAAGAGCAUAAAGCCUACAUUUUUGUCAAAGAUGCGUCUGCAGUAGUGUCCGGUGGUCCAGGCUCUCCUCUGGACCUGAAGGUUUCUGAUGUACAAAAGGACUAUGUCUUCCUCACCUGGGAGCCUCCCAGUGCUGAUGGAGCCUACCAAGUGGAGGGUUACUUUGUGGAGAGGUGUGACAUUGGUAGUGGGCAGUGGGUGAGUUGUAGUGACACCAUUCAGAAGGCAUGUCACUACCCUGUGAGGGGUCUGAGUGACAGCACCAUCUACCAGUUCAGGGUGUGUGCCGUCAACCAGGCAGGUGUGGGACCCCUGGCAUGCUGGCAUCGUAUGGACGGUUUCUUCCAUGUUAUCUACUCAUUGUGCUAUCAUACAUUUCAUUUCUUUAUUUUUCUCUCUUUUUCUUCUCAAUCAGUUAUCAAGGUGGACAGAGGUAGAGAGAUCACCAUCACCAAAGACCAGCUGGAAAGUCAGAUGAAAGUCCCAUUCCCUCCCACUGGUGUCCAUGCCUGUGAGGUGAGUGACAACUACGCCGUGCUWAGCUGGACUGAGCCGGAGCCCAGAGGCAAGGAGCAACUUACCUUCUAUGUGGAGCGGUCCAUUGCAGGUAAAAACAGCUGGCAGCUGGCCAGCAUGGACAUCACGGUGGGCUCUCCCAGGUUCCCCAUGUUUAACCUACAGAAGGGGAAGUCCUACUGCUUCCGGGUGCGCUCCGUCAACAAGUUUGGCGUGAGCGAACCCUCAGAGCCGAGCCCGCCAAUCUCACUGGUACAACCCCAAGCUGCUCCUGCUCCAGCCACCUCCGUCUUGGCCAUCCGAGACACAGAUUCUGCUGUCCUGCUUCAGUGGCAGGAGCCCAAGGAGAAAGAAGGCAUUCUGGGAUACUACCUGUACUACAGCGAGGCUGGGAAGCAAGAGUGGAGGACGGUCAACAACAAACCAACCACCAACACCAAGUUUACAGUCAAUGGUCUGAAGUCGAAGAAGGAGUAUGUGUUCAGAGUGAAGUCUGUGGGUCGAGCUGGGAACAGUAUCUACUCCAACGAGUCUCCCCCUAUCCUGGUGAAAGCAGCUCUCAUUGCCCCAUCCCCUUCCUCUGCCAUCGCCCUGCUGCUCUGCACUGGCUCUGAGAUGAUUCUCACCUGGAGAGCCCCUGCUAACAAUGGAGGAGACCCUGUACGAGGCUACUACCUAGACCAGAAGGACAAAGAGCUGGACGCCUGGAGAAAGGUCAACACCAAGCCUGCCAAGGAGAGGCAGCACAAGGUCUGUAAUCUGGAUGGGGGACAUUACUAUCAGUUCCGUGUUUUUGCUGCCAACGUGGUUGGUGUUGGUAAACCCUCUGAGCCCAGUGAGGCUUUCCUGUGUGAGGAGUGGACCAUGCCUGAGCCAGGCUGCCCUUAUGACCUGGAAUGCAGGGAGGUGAGGCAUAACUCUCUGGUCCUCCUGUGGGCACUGCCUCUCUACGAAGGACAGCAAGGACCAAUCACAGGGUACCUGGUGGAGCUGAGCGAGGGCGACCAAUCACAGAGCUGGACUGCUGUGAAUGAAGAGCCAAUUGCAGAUACCUUUUUGAAGGUGUCAGGCCUCCAGGCAGGUCGGACCUAUCGUUUCAGAGUGUGUGCUUUCAACAAGGCUGGAAUGGGCAUCCCUUCUCUGCCCUCUGAGCUUAUCAGAGCCCAGACCCAACCAGGCACCAGAGACAUAGAGAUUGGUGUGGACAAUGAUGGCUUCAUCUUCCUGGCCUUUGAGGCCACUGAAAUUACGGAGAAGAGCACGUUUGUCUGGAGCAAGAACUACAAAGAGGCUAUUGAAGCUGGGAGAGCCAGGGUACUGUGGGAGAACAAUAGGUCCAUCCUAACCUUCACAAACGCCACUAAAGAGGACCUGGGCCUGUACACAGCAGAGAUGAGUGACAACCCAAACAUCUCUUCCAGUUUCACCUUUACUGCGGAAGAUCUGGACAGACUGACUGAGCUCGGCUGGCACAUCUGCCACCCAUUGAUAGCCCUGCGCUCCAAGUGGCAGGUGGAGGUGUCAGAGAAAGGGAACGUGCGUCUCUGGAUGCAGACUGAGAGCCUGAGCAACGCUGCAGAGCUCCACCUCAUUCUCAACGACAGAGAGAUCUCCAGUACUGCAGCCCAUAAGAUUAACUUUGACAAGGCCAGUGGGCUGAUAGAGAUUCUGUUUGACCAGCUGUCUAAGGAGGACGAGGGCUCCUACACAGCUCAGCUCUGCGAUGGCCGAGCCAAGAAUCAGUUCACCCUGGUGCUCGUGGACGAGAGUGAGUCCAUCUGGUCACCCAAACUCAUUACCGGGAUGUCCAUACUACCGAAMCGAGCUGAGCUAAACCAAGCUGUGAUGAGCUGGCCUGUUUUCGCAUCCACCAUAGUUGCUGGAAGUGCUGAGCUGAGUUUGCUUCAGAUCGGCACAAUAGUGGGAUGUAACCCUGUGGUUGUGUCUUUGGCAGAGUUCUGUCAGACACUGGCUCAGUCCAUAGCCAACAGAAUGGACUACAAGAGAAAGUCAGGACCCCAUUUUCUGGAGUUUUUGUCAUGGACCGUGACAGAGGACUGUGAGUUUAUAAUCAAAUGCAAGGUGACCAACGUAAGCAAGGAUACGACUCUGAAGUGGUUCAAGGACGGCGUGGAGACUCCAGCUGUGUAUGACCAGCAGACUGGAGUCAGCACCAUGACUGUGCAACAGGUGACUAAGAAGGAGGCAGGACACUACAAAGCCGUGGCGUCUGAUGGUAGAGGACAGGAUGUCACCACACUGGAGUUACUAGAUGAAGAGUAUGACAAGCUCCUCCAACUCCUGAGCAAACAGUGUGCGCUGUCUGCAGGCCCAGUGAGGAUUCAAUGCACUGCUAUGGGCUUCAAGCUCUACUGCUCUCUCAAGUACUAUAUCAGCUACAUGAAGACCAGCUGGCACUUCAAGGAGAGUAGGAUUGACCAGUUGGAGAGGUGUAAGCCUGGCAGCAGUAUGCAGAAGCUGUGGGUCGAGGUCUUUGCGCCCACGGAGAACGAUAAGGGGAAGUACACUCUGGAGAUGUUUGACGGUCAAGAAAAGCACACACGCUCACUGGACCUAUCUGGACAAGCCUUUGCUGAUGCUCUGUUGGAACACCAGAGGUUGAAGCAAGUGGCGGUUGCUGAGAAAAAUCGGGCCAGGGUGACCAAGGGCCUACCAGAUGUGGUGGCUAUCAUGGAGAAUAAAUCUCUAUGUCUGACCUGCUUCACUGAUGGUGACCCUGCCCCAGAGAUGUUCUGGCUGAGGAACGACAAAGGCAUCGUCUCGGGGGGCCAGUUCAACAUCGCCAACGAGAAUAAGUGCAGCACUCUGACUGUAAACAACGUGACUAGCGAGGACACGGGCAACUACAGCAUCUUUGUGCGCAACCAGUACGGCACUCAGACGGUCAACGUGACCGUGAGCGUGUACAAGCACGGCGAGAAGCCCCCGCCCGAUGCAGUGGAGAUGUAAGGAAGGAAGGAAGGAGUGUUGGUUUUGUUGCACUAAGAGAGGAUUCCAAUUGGGCUCAGACGUCAAUUCAAUGUCUUUUCCACGCUGGUUCCACAUGGUAUGGAAACAACGUUGAUUCGACCAGUGUGUGCCCAGUGGGUUGUGUUUGUAUGGUGGUUGAGCCAGUUAGUUUUCAUGGGGUUAAAUUAGAGUUAAUGAGGAGUGAAAUACAAGAAGCAGUAUUGUGGCAUUUGGAUGUAGCAAUGACUAAGAAGUUACAUGUGCAAGAGAGAAUGCAGUCAAUUUGAGGUCCAGGCAAACUGCAACAACCUGUAUUCUUGUGUCAUUAUACUACCAAUAAAUAUCCCAAGAGUGUCAGCAACAAUUUUAUGAUGUCACCCCUUUCUUUCUGGAGCAAUUUAAUUUAGGACCUGUGAGCAGAGACUAGAAAGCUCUGAAGUAGGAUUCAUUGGCCAAGGCGAGCACGUUAAAUGUUCAUUUCAUGUCCUGACAGCAGCAGACUUGAUCCGAAUUCCAAUUAUCUCCCCUGUUGUACUUCACUAGAUAUGUCAUGUUAGUCAUGCACAUGGAGCAGAUUACAUAGGUGCACGACACGUCAAGCGCAUUUUUCUAUGUCAACCUAAUUUAUGCUUUGACCUCCGUGUAAUGAGGCAGUAAUCUCACUCAUUCAGAGUCUGCACCUGCAGCUUAAGUAGGUCUAUUAGCCUGUUAGCUCUCCACAUACAGUAUUUGUCAUAUCAUGUGUCUCUGCAAUCGCUUGUGUGCUGCUAAUAAAGUCAUUUGAUCUUGGUGGCUUGACACGGUUUCAUUCACCUCAA